AUGUUUUUUUUUUACUUUUGACGACUUUGGCAUAAUUACGUGUCAUUUUUGACUCAACUUGAAAAAUUCCAGUAAAACUAAAUUUUUAAUGUAAUUAUGAAACCCACUGAAGCGAACGUGGUGUCCAAAAAACCCGAACAUUUUCCUAGUCGAUUAAUGUCAGUAAUCGGCGAUGAAGACACUUGUGUUGGCUUCAUUUUAAGCGGAAUCGCCGAAACAAAUAAAGAGCGUGAAACCAAUGUUCUGGUAGUGGACGACGACACUGAUCCUGCCACAGUCGAGGAAUGUUUCAAACGCUUUAUUAAACGACAAGACAUUGCCAUAAUUUUAAUAAACCAGCACGUCGCUGACAUGAUCCGAAGCACUGUGGAUGCCCACUGUAAGCCCGUUCCUGCAGUUUUGGAAAUACCGUCAAAGAAAAGUCCGUACAACCCCGAAAAGGACUCGAUUUUGAAGCGGGCAAGACGCUUGGUGUCUCCGGAUGAGACGGGCUAAUAAAUAUUCUUUCUCUGA